AUGUUGCUGAAUGUUCUUCUUCUCGUCGAAAUCUCUGGUCUAACAUUCGCCACACUACGUCCGCAGCCCAAAGAACAGUUUUCCGUGAGUAAUGAAACGUUGCCAGAGUUCGGAAGCUUUCUUCAACUACCGAAUUCACUAGCUCAGCAUCUUGGCGAUUUGAAGAAGGGUAUCGGUUUGAAUGAGUCAGUGACAAACGUGAUGAAAGAUCUCAAAGCUUCUCUUUCUUCACCAUUAGACAAUGAUCCAGUUGUAGAUGAAAACGAGCCACAUCCGUUCAGAAGGACGUGGCAGACUGGCGAAGAACUCGCUUUGGAGUUGCCUAUGUGUCAACGGGAAUGCUUGAAAUCACUCUAUGAUACAGUAGCAAAAACGGUCAAGAAGUCCACUUACCUCGAGAAAUACAGCACAAUUUGUCGGGCAUUCGAGGAGACGAUCUUAUGCGCAGAAGAGGAGAGUCGACGAUGUGGCGAAAGCGACGAAGUAUUCAACGUGAUCAGUAGCGGCAUACACUACAUGUGUAUAGAACAGCGCAACGGUGAGCUGCUAAGACAACUGGGCCCUGCCACUCCCGCUGGUUCAUUUGACGAGGCAGCUACCCCUCUUGAACCGAUGGUGGAAAAUGCAGCAGGACUCGUGGCUGAUCAACACAUUCCGCAAAUAGAGACAAACUCGUUGCGAGCGUAUGAGGACGUCAUCGAUCAUGCAUGCGAAGCACUGGUUCGUCCGCUGGUAGCAGGACAUCAGAAGUUCUCGUUGUUGUUUACGGCAUUCGGUUUCAUAGCGCCAGAAAGCUGUUCGUUCCUCUACAAGGGUGCCAUCCUCUCGCAACAUCGUAUUGAUCCGAGAGUGCAUGAGGAGCUGCUAACGAAGUUCAGCAGAACAGAGGAGAACAGUACUUCUGAAAAUGCUCAUGGAGUGAGGGACUCGAAAAGAGCAGUAGACGUGACGGAUCUCCACCUUGUAGAUGCGGAUUCGGAUCUGAAACAACUUAUAAAUCUGCUUUAUGCGAAUGAGACGUUUGACAGAGCCGAUGUUGACGAUGGUGAGACAGUUUUCGUGGUAAUUCCAGCUGUAUGCUUUUAA